UGGUCUUACCCGGAUUUUCACAAAAUUCGAAGAAUCUGUGGCACACGUGUGCAAAAAUGAUAAUCAAAUUCUGUCCGAAUCUCUGACCGGACUUACCCGAAUUGCCCCCCAGAACUUCCCUUUCGCGAAGUGGUACCUCAAGGUACAACUCCUUUCUUUUCUCCCUUCAUCUCUUUUUUUUGAGUUUUUUCUCCAUUGCGCUGCGUUCUCUGUCUUUCGCUGUUUUCUCUCGCUAAAAUCUCACAAGGUCUGCCUCUUUAUGAUUAGUAUGUGCUUAUUCAUGGUUUUGUGUUUGAUUUUGGGUGGAAUUUACUUUCUGGAAAUCUAUUAAUUGGAUCUGAAAUUCGGGAACGGCAAUUUUUUGCAGAUCGGAAGAUUGAAGCUAUUGGAGGUGGUUUGAAUUUGCGAAUUAGGGUUCGAGUGUAAUUCACGGCGAUCUAGGGUUUAGGUGGGUGUAAUUUUGGGCUUCCUGUGUUUGGGGAUUUUGCUAGGGUUUUUGGGGAGUUUGUUAAUUGGGGGUGGUUUUAUUGUUUUCAUCUUGUUUAUCAGAAUUGGGUGGAAUUUUCAUUUCUUUUUGUGAAGAAAACAACGAGGAAGGUGUUUAUUUGAAGUUUGGCUGGAGUUUAAUUGUGUUGAUAGUGUGGUUGGAGAUUGGGUUAUUUGGGAAAAUGCAAACCGAAAGUUAUUAUGCAUGGGAGGGAACAAAGGGAAGGUGAGAAUCAGAGGAGGAUUAUCAUUAAAAUAAGCGGUUGCUUUAAUCAGCAUAUGCGGUCUGUUUCUUUGAGCACCACGAAAAGUGUAGCUGACGCUGAAUCAAGUUUUGCUUCUAGUGUUGUUACGGAUAUUUCUAGUGAUUCCUUUUGCAAGGAUGGUCGCAGAAUUAGCAUUGGAGAUUGUGCAUUAUUCAAGCCAGCUCAGGAUUCUCCACCAUUUAUAGGCAUAAUCCGUUGGCUGACAUCUAAUAAAGAGAAUAACUUGAAUUUAGGUGUUAAUUGGCUUUAUCGACCGGCUGAGGUAAAGCUUGGCAAAGGCAUCCCGUUGGACGCCUCGCCAAACGAAAUUUUUUAUUCUUUCCACAAGGAUGAGAUUCCUGCCGCAUCUUUACUCCAUCCGUGUAAAGUUGCAUUCCUACCUCAAGGUGUUGAACUUUCAAGUGAGAUAUCUUCAUUUGUCUGUCGACGAGUGUACGACAUUGACAAGGAGCGUUUAUGGUGGUUAACUGAUCAAGAUUAUAUUAAUGAUCGACAAGAAGAAGUUGAUAAGCUUUUACAAAAAACAAGAAUAGAUAUGGAUGCAUCAUUUGUGCCAGAAAACCGGUCUCCAAAACCAACAAGUAACUCAAUGUCUACUUCGCAAUUUAAGCCAGCUUCUGAUAAUGGGCAGAACAGUGCUACUUCUGUUCCCUUGCAAACAAAAGGAAAGAAGAGGGAGCGUGGGGAGCAGUCCUUGGAGCCUGCAAAGCGGGAACGUUCCCUUAAACAAGAAGAUGGGGAGUCCAGUCUUUGCAGAUCGGAAAGCUCUUUGAGGUCUGAAAUAGCAAAGAUGACAGAAAAAGGAGGGCUUGUAGAUUCUGAAUUGGUUGAGAAACUGGUGCAGCUUAUGCACCCAAACAGAGCCGACAAGAAGAUGGAUUUAAUAAGUCGUUCAAUGCUGGCAAGUGUUAUAGCUGGCACAGACAAGUUUGAUUGCCUUAACCGCUUUCUCCAGCUCAAAGGCUUACCUGUCUUUGAUGAAUGGCUUCAGGAUGUCCACAAGGGGAAGAUUGGUGAUGGUGAUAAAUCUGCAGAGGAGUUUUUGUUGAUCUUACUUCGAGCUCUAGAUAAGCUUCCUGUAAAUUUACAUGCCUUACAGACAUGCAAUAUUGGCAGGUCUGUUAAUCAUUUAAGGUCUCAUAAAAACUCUGAAAUUCAGAAGAAAGCAAGGAGUUUAGUCGACACUUGGAAGAAGCGAGUUGAGGCUGAAAUGAAUAUGAUCGAUGCCAAGUCUGAGUCUACUCAAAUUGCUUCCUGGCCAUCUAAAUCACGUAUCUCAGACUCUCAUGGAAGUAGAAAUCUUGGGGGAUCUAAUGAUGUAGCCUUGAAGAGUUCAGUAACGCAACUUUCGGCAUCUAAAGCUAUGUCAGUAAAGGUUUCUCAAGUGGAAAGCACUGCAAAGUCUGCUUCUUCAUCUCCCGUUGCAGUCAAAUCAGCUUCAUCACCAGCCUCAGUAAAGGACAGCCAACCCAAAUCUGGGUGUGCUUCUGAAGUUCCCUUAUCAUUUAAAGAAGAUAAGAGUAGUUGUUCUAGCCAGUCUCUCAAUUGCAGUCAACCUUUCUCAGGAAAGGAGGAUGCUAGGAGCUCGACUGCUGGCUCAAUGAGUGUUAAUAAGAUAAGUGGAGGCUCUCGGCAUAGGAAAUCUGUCAAUGGUUUUCCUGGGACUUCGUUGUCUGCAAAUCAGAAAGAAAGUGGAAAUUCCUCUAAUCACAGAAACAGUGCUCAGGAGAAGUUCUCUCAUUCUGUAUCAACGGGAGAGAAGGCUUUUGAGGCCCCUGCUGCUGAAGGGGGUACUCAUAAGUUGAUUGUUAAGAUAUCCAACCGGGGACGUAGUCCUGCACAGAGUGGUGGAUCUUUUGAAGAUCCUUCUGUUAUGAGCAGCCGAGCUUCUUCUCCUGUGCUUUCGGACAUACAUGAAGUAUCUGAACAUAAUACAAAAGAAAAGGGUGAUGCUGAUGUUAAUGCUGAAUCGUGGCAGAGUAAUGACUUUAAAGAUUUGCAGACUGGAUCUGAUGAUGGUGAUGGCUCUCCUGCUGCUCUUCCCGAAGAAGAGCAAUGUAGGACUGUUGGAGAUACUAGAAGAGUCCUUGAAGUACCCAAAGCUGCUUCAUCCUCAUCUGGUGGUAAUGAUACGAAGUCUGGGAAAUUACAUGAUACUUCUUAUAGUUCCAUGAAUGCAUUGGUCGAAAGUUGUGUCAAAUACUCUGAAGCAAACAUGUCCAUGUCACUUCCAGAUGAUAUGGGCAUGAAUCUUCUUGCUAGUGUGGCUGCUGGAGAAAUGUCCAAGUCCGACUUGCCUACUCCCUCAGAAUCUCCCCAAGGAUACAAUUCUGUAGGUGAUGAAUGCACGGGUGAGGAUGCCAAAUUAAACUCAUCACCUAAAGGCAUAACUAAAGAUCAUUCUCAACCAAAUUCUAUUCACAAUAUGGACUUGAAGCAAAGUAAGCUUCCUGUUGUUUCAUGUUGUAAAGAGAAGUCUAAUCAGGCACCACAAUCCUCUGGAGGUAUGAAAGGCUCUGCUUUAGAAGAGACUUCACAAGCAACAGUAGACUGUGCAACUGAGGUGAAUGAUAAGGUGGCAUCAAAUUCCCCCUCUCCUUCCGUAAAGGCAUCUAAGGAUGGGGUCCCCGAUAAUCAAUCCUGUGACCAAAAGGAAGUUGAUAUGAAGGCAGGUGGUAUGCUUAUUAGGAGAGAAGGAAUUGUACGUAAAUUCCAUGGUUUGGCUAUUUCAUCUUUACCAAUUGAGAAUAAAGAUGUGGCAAGCAAUAAUGUGCUCGAUCAUCAUAAUUCGACAGUGAUUCCUGAUGGGAAUGUGCUUCGAACUACCCUAUCCGUUGAGGAUGCAGAUGCAGAAAAUGUCUCGGGAUUAAGAGUUAGAGAAGCUGAUGAAAACCAUGGUAGCAGUAGUGCUAAACAAUCUGAAAUUGGAAGAGUUGAUGCAAAGAUGGAUGCUUUGUUGUCUCACGAAGACCAGAAGGCAUCUGGUUCCUGUUCAGAUGUUAUUGACCGGAAAAAUGAUUGUUUGAAUGCCAGUGCUGAAAAUGUUGAAACUGCUGAAUCUCUCUCAGUUGGAUCAAGUAUCAGGAAUGAUGUAUCAGCACCUUCCCCCAAGAAUGUAGUUGAAAACUUGCAUCUGGAAGAAGCAAACAAGGAUGACUCGAAAAGAGAAAUGGAGACAGAACAGGAAUCACUUGUGGCCCCUACCAAUUCAUAUAGAACUGAAGUUCCAGCUGAGAUGGAUCGAAAAAUGCAUUUUGAUUUGAAUGAAGGCUUCACUGGAGAUGAUGGAAAGUUUGGAGAAUCAGUAAACCCUGUGUCUACUGCUGCUGCUUUGAAUAGUAUUCCUGCCACCAUAACAGUAGCUGCUGCUGCGAAGGGACCCUUUGUUCCUCCUGUUGAUCUAUUGAAAAACAAAGUAGAACUCGGCUGGAAAGGUUCUGCCGCUACCAGUGCUUUUAGGCCGGCAGAGCCAAGAAAACUUCAGCUGCCUUUGGGUUCUCCAAGCGUUUCACCUCCUGAUGGUACUGCUAGCAAAUCAAGUCGUGCUGCAUUGGAUAUUGAUCUUAAUGCUCCGGGUGAUACAGCAUUGGACGAUCUGGGUUAUCAGGAUUCUACAUCUGAGAUCGGUUUGGUUCAGGAUGUUUCCAAUAAUCAUGAUCGUUUACGUGGUGAGCUUACAAGUUCUGUGUCAGGUCGUAGUUCUGGAGGACUUGAUCUUGAUCUGAAUAGGGUUGAUGAAGCUACUGAUUUACUACAGUGUUCAACAAGUAGCUGUCUCCAACUUGAAUCUCCUUUUGUACCUCUUAAAGUUUCUAGUUCAUUUGAUAAUAAAAGGGAUUUUGAUUUAAAUAAUGGGCCCAGUUUUGAAGAUGCAGCUGUGGAACGAUCUUCGUUUGCUCUGCAUGGGCAGGGAACCACCCACCCAAUAACCUCUCAGCCAGCUAUUGCUGGUCUCAGAAUGAAAAAUAAUCUAGAAGCUGGAAACUUCUCAUCCUGGUUAUCUCCAGGCACUUCUUAUUCAUCAAUUACUAUUCCUUCUGCUUUACCUGACCGAGGGGAGCAGCCUUUUCCGAUCAUUCCACCCGGUCAGCCGCAGCGAACCUUGGAUCCUCCUGGUAGUAAUCCAUUUGCCUCAGACGCCUUCCGUGGUUCAGUUUUUCCGGCAUCCCCAGCAGUACCCUUUGCCCCGAGUCCAUUUUCCUACCAUAUGUUUCCUUUCGGAACUACUCUACCUUUGGCAUCUGCUACAUUUCCUGUUGGAUCAACCUCUUUUAUGGAUUCAGCUUCUGGUGGUAGAAUUUUUACUGCCCCUGCAAAUUCUCAGUUUUUAGGACCUGUUGGGGCAGUUUCAUCUCAGUAUCCAAGGAAUUUCAUGGUAAGCCUCUCUGAUGGUAGUAAUAACGGUGGUGUUGAGAGUAAUAGGAAAUGGAGUGGCUCUGGACUUGACCUCAAUGCUGGCCCUGGUGUAUUGGAGAUUGAGAGCAGAGAGGAGAAUUUGGCACGACAACUUAAUGUUGGCAGUUCGCAAGUUCUUUCAGAGGAGCAAGCAAGGAUGUUUCCUCUUUCAGGAGGUGUUCUGAAAAGAAAGGAGCCUGAUGCAGGGUGGGAUCGUGAAAACUUGAGAUACAAGCAAUCCUCCUGGCAUUGACGUUGCAGAUAAUGGAGAAUGAGGAUCUUAAUCUAUUUGAUGGACAUUGGACCUGGCAGAGUACACAGCCUACGUAUCUUCUUUGGGGGUUUAGUCCUGGAGGCCAGCUUGUGACUGAGCACAGAGCCUCGGAUAACUUACCUGCAGCUUUGUGGUGUCUGAUUAUGCGUUAUCAGAAGAUUGGCAAGUAGGUUCUCUACUGAGAUAGUCUGUCUUUAAACUUUUGUCCUAAAUCUUUCAGACGGAUUUUAUCAUCAUCUCUGUAGAUAUUUAACAGUUGGAAAACAUGUUCACUGAUAGUGAAUAUUGAUACAGAAUGCAUCUGGCAUGUUCUCAUAAUGAAAUCUUUUCUGACCCCAGCUUUUCUUGCUGUGGAAGUUGAUAAGAGUAGAAAUUCUUACCUAAUUUAGUGAAAAGGUGUAAUGUGCAUUGUUACUUAUCUAUCGUUUCUCUUUGGUCUCUAGUCAUCGCUGUUGCACAUAAAUAUGUAGUUUAUGUAGUGAAUCUUGGUCUAUCCCCCUUCCAUUUGUUAUGGUUUUUCUUGAUUUAGAGUUUGAAAUGAUUGUAGAGGGAUUAUUUGUAUCUUAAGCUGUAUCCUAAGCUAACCAGGCACCAAUAUGUAAUUUAUCUUUGAUGGCACAGCAUGACGUUCUUAUCUGUAUUAUUCAUUUGGUGAUAAUGUGUAAUUAAAAACUCGUGUUAUAGAUUACAUUUUACUUAAAUCUGUGAUUUACCUGUGGCAAAUCAAAAUUCAAG